AUGGCGCUGCUAACGGCGGCCGCGCACGCCCGGACUCCACGCACAAUCGAAUAUCGUAUUCGUGUGCGCGCGCGAACGGGUAAACUCGCCGCGCCGGCACCGGCGAAAUUACAGCGUUCAGUCGCCAGCGAGAACACGGGCCACCACUUGCCGCUUCUGUACGCCGUGAAAUAUAAUCUAAUAAAUCGUCGUUCGGUUUUUUUUUUUUCUGUGCGUCUGUUUUUUUAUUCUCGUCCGUUUGUUUUUUGAAUUCGGUCGUUAUUCUCGUCCGGGGUUUUUAAUUCCCGUGCGCGGCAUUAAUACCGAAAUUACGUAUAAUAAUAAUAAUAAUAAUAAUAUUAUCGUCGGUGUUGUCGUUUUUCGGUGUCGUUUUUCCGUCCGUUCGCGUACCGUUUUCCCGAAGACGUACGCGUAGUUAUCGAUAAAAUAAUAUUAUUGUCGUCGUACACGCCGCCGUCGACGGUCCGGUUUCGCCGCAAACAAACAGUGUGCGUGUGCGUUUUGGUGCGUCUGUGCGCGCGUUUUGUGUGUGCGCGACGACGCGUUUCGACCCGGAAAAUCGCACGUAUCUCGUUUUUCGCCGUGCGUCCGAGCGUUUCGUUUUCUCAUCCAUUCCGUUUAAUUUUCUCCGCGGAUGACCGUUUUCCCGGCGUUCUGAUACCGUCGCGUGUCGCGUACGUUAAUCCGAAUACCGCGGCCGCCGUAGCACCCCGCAGCCGUAUACCCGCGCGAAGAGCCCGACCGAGCUUCCGGCACAGUCGAUCCAUACGCGCGCGACAAACGCCGAAGCUGAAAACCGCGCGCGCCGCGUGAUAACAAACGGAUACACACCCGGCCGCCGCAGCCGUCGACGACGACCGUCGUAACAGGUGUCGUAACAGGACGACGAGGAAAACCAUCCCGGUGUCGAUCCGAACUGCCGACACGGCCGCCGUCACGGCAGUGGGGGCCGCCGGCUGCGCGGACCGCGGCGAGUUCCCGACGGACAACCGGCAGACCGGCGGCGUGUGCGUCGCGGCCAAGACCGACAAGAAGAAACCGAAAGCUUUCGGACGGCCGCGCGACUACGCGUUCUACGACCCGGACUUCUGCUGCAGCAUCAUGGACGUACUGCCCAGCGGUAACAUAUUCCGGGAGCUCCAGGACAUACACGACACCGGCUAUUUCUCCGCGCACGUAUCGCUCGAGGACCACUGGCAACAGGUAAGCCGCUCACUAUACCGUACGGUUGAUUCGAACGGGGUGUGUGUGUGUGUAUAUGGGGGGGGGGUUUCGCCCUUUUUUUUUUUCUCUUCUCCGAACAAUUUACCGCGCGCGGUGUAACGGCACACGGCGUCCGGCGGACGGAAAAGCGGUCACACCGUGCGGCCGACGUCCGCGCGGACACGACGCACGAUCGCCGUCGCCCGGCACCGCGAAACACUGUUUCCGAACGGCGCGCCGCCGCCGUCCGUCGCACGUGUGCGCCGCGCGUCCUUACGUAACCGCCGCCACCGCCGCCGCGUUCGUAUAGGUACGCGCGAUAAUAACACGCGCGCGACCGGUUGUUGUCGUUUUUCCCCGCCCCUCGAUUUUCACCGGGCAGGGAACAUAAGUAAAACGCAAUAACGUCACGGACAUUUUCCGACGUUCCGUACAAGCAGGUACGUACCCCCCCCCCCUCCUCUUUCCCCCCGGGGGCCGCGAAACCGCGGCGUCCGCGAGCCGACAUUCCGCGGGCCGGAAUAACGCGGCCGCGCGCGGUUUUACGUUACACCGUACGGCGGGCUAUCGGAUGUCGGGCGGUUGAUAUUGUACGGCGUGCGCGGUUUUUUUUUUUUGUUUUUUAUUCCGCGCGCUUAUCGCGUACGGAAUUCGCGAACAUUUAUUGCGGUUCCCUAGACGGGCCCGGCGCCCGAACGGAAUGCGCGCGAAUCGCAUGCGCGCCGGUUUUCGUCACGCCGUCCGUUUUUUUUUUUCCCCGUUAUCUCCGCGCGUCGAUUCGUGUUGAUCCGUUUGGCGCCGCCGUGUUCGACGCGACUCUCCGCGUCGGUAACGGUCCGACAGUGAUCGCGGGUAGACGACGGCGGCGGGUGCGGUGGAGACGGUGCAGUCGGCGUGGCGAAGUUUAGUUCACGGCGAUAUUAUUACGAAAAAGAUUCUGAACGGAAAGAGAGAAAGAGAGAGAGAGAGAGAGAGAGAGUGAGAGAGUGCUUUUUUUCCCCGCUUGUCGUCUCGCCAAUGGCGAAAUUGACGGGAAACGAACGCAAAAAGACCGGGGCGAGCUGUCGAAUUUUUCCCGUGUACGUUUCGCGGGUAUAUUGUUGAGUAUAGCCGGACAGGAAUUCUGAAAUUCGCGAACGAAUCUGAGCGGUUUUUUAUUAUUUUUUUUUAAAAAUUAACACAUGAAAGCGAUUUCUUUCGGGGGAAAACAAAACAUUAGGAAGAAUUUCGAAAAACUUUUCGAAUAAAGCACCGCGACGAGCGAAUGAAACACACACACGCGUCCCGGUAAAACUGUCCUCAUCGUUACGUCGAAAAGCAUAAAAAAAAAAAAAAACACGGUUCGAUUAAAAAUGUUCGUUCUCGUAUUGUAACGAUAUUAUUAUUGUAUAUUAUACGAAAAUUCUCGACGGUUUUGUCGCGUAGUCCGUAACGGUUAAAAAAAAAAUAAUAAUAAUAAAAUAAUUAUAAUAAAUUAACGUGUACGAGUUUUGACGGGGAAAUAGGGCGAGAAGCGGUGGGAGGUAGGGAAAAAGACAAUAAAAUACAAAUUGGCGGUUUUUUUUUUCAUUAUUAUUUAUUUAUUUGAAUUUUGAUAGAUCGCGCCGCCGGCGAAAACUACUGUUGUCAUUGCGUUAUGUGUGUGUGUGUGUGUGUGUGUGUCAGUGUCAGUGCAUGUGCGUGUACACGCGCGUGUUUUUUUUUUUUUAUGUCAGCGGUUUUUUUUUUUUCUGAUUUAACGCGUCCGAUUUUUUUUUCCCCCGCCGUACGUGCGUGUGCCCGUACGCGAGUGUGUGCGCCCGCGUCCGUGAUUCAUUUGCCGCGGCGGCCGUAAAACAAUAAAUUACGGGUCCCGCGGAGGAAACUCGCCGUCCGUCCGCGCGCGGGACGCAACGGCGAAACGAUUAACAAAACCGCAGGAGGAGAAGGAGAGAAAAAAAAAAAAAAAAUUAACAACAAACUGCAGCGCCGCCCGCGCGACACUAUCGUUUCGCGAAACAAGCGCACCGUGAAAUUCGCCCGCUGUCAUACGACGACGCCCCGUGAUACGCGCGCGUCCGUAGCACGCCCGUGCGUAUCGUCCGGUCGCGGCGGCCACACGUCUUGGACGGCCCGCGGUUCGGCGGCGCGUCCGUCGAGACGCGUGCACGUUACAGGGACGCGGACCGCGAUACGUGCUCCCGGAUGUUAUACACGUACGGAACACUGUGCCGCCAUCUCAUAUCCGUUUCCGCAGUGUCAUUUCACCUAGUCCACGGUCGUGUCCCGGCGGGAGUUUUUCAUUCACUUUUUCCGUUAGACCAUCAUCAUUUUAACGUGCCUUCGUCAACUACCCAUAUACACGUCCUAGCGUCCACUCUAGGCGUUCGCAUCGCGUGUACGUGAUUACAUCGAGUUUUCCGUACAUCGUUGCCCGUGUGUGUUGCUUUUAAAUUUCCCUUUCCCGCGUAGCGAGUUUUCUAUUUUAAGUUUUGCCGUCGGUCUGAUAUAGCUCGCGAGCAAAGCGAUUUGACGACUUGAUGUUACUCAUUAUUAUUUUUUUAAUCUAUACCGAAUUCCUUAUUAUCUGGCCACAUUAAAUGUAUGGUUUUUUUUUUUUUUUUUUUUUUUUAUCUAUUAAACAGCAGUAACUAGUAACGUUAUAAUGUCUAGCAUGCAGAAGCAGUAAAAAAAAAAAAAAAAAACUAGUACAAUGUGACAUUUGACCGCAAUCUGUUUUUUAUUAUUAAUAUUAUUGUUGUAGAAGGCGAGUAAAACUGGUAUUCUAAUUGUUGUAAUUCUUUGA